AUGGUAAAUUGCAAAGUCGCCUUCUGGAAGGUUUUUGAAAGGUUUGGUGGGAAGCACGUUUGGACUCAGUUGGUUGAUUUGCAGUCCAUUACCAUUGACUGUUUUUUGAGAUUUCUUCUAGACCGACGGAGCACUUGCGACCAGCGUAUUCCGUUUAUAUUGUGCCUUUUCGGCGUUCAUACGUCUUCUUUGCGUCAUUUGCAAUACAAAAAAACACACACACACAUAUCCCAUUGCUUGCAACCAAUGUCAAACAAGGUGGAUCGCGACUCCUUCCGUGUAUUUCGCACACGAGACGGAAGGUACCUAGCGGAAAGUCCUCAUAUUUUGAAAAAUGCCAAAGCGGGAGAGGAGAUUACGGACAUGCUGGUUGUGAUGCAAGAUGGCGUUAGUGUGCAAGACAAGAAACGGGCAUUGCCAGUGGCAUCCGAUGGAAUCACAUCCUCUUUGGAAGUUUGUGGUGUCAUUGGCGUUAUUGAAUUGGUCUAUGCACAAUACCUCGUUGUCGCUACUGCACGAACCUUGGCUGCUACAUUGCAAUCUCACAAGAUUUGGAGGAUCACUGCGGCCAGUCUUUUGCCUAUUGGGACUGGAAAUGACAAUCAGUUGAUUAGGCAAAAGAAGGUUGAUGAGACGACUCUGGCAAAGUACACUCUGGACCAAGAGCUCCUCCAAUCCAUCAACCAGAUCGCAAACUCUGGACAUUUGUACUACUCUACGACUUACGACAUUACGCACUCUGUCCAACAUAACUAUCUGAAAAGUUCUGGAAAGGCACAAAAGACCGUCAUCGAUGAUCGAUACUUUUUCACAAAGCAUCUCGCAGGACCUCUUUUGAAGGCUGGACAGGCUGCCGAACCUUGGGUUUUGAACGUCAUCUGUGGAUUUGCUGGCACAAUCGACAUGAAUGUUAAGCUUCCCGUGGAACUUGAGCACAACGAGGAGGUCGUUCGACCGUACAAGUUGACCCUCAUUUCCCGAUUAAAUCGCCGCCGUGUCGGUACCCGCUACGUUCGUCGAGGUCUCGACUUUGAUGGAAACACAGCGAACAAUGUGGAGAUGGAGCAAAUUGUCUAUCACGAAGACUUUCACAGCUACAAAGGUCUUUCCACGUACAUUCAGGUUCGCGGUUCCGUUCCCUCCAUUUGGGGACAGGAGCUUGACUUGAGAUACCGCCCGGAAUUGCUUAUUGCCGACAUUAACAAGCCCAAAGUAUGGACAUCCAUCAAGAAGCACUAUGACGAUCUCAGACACCAGUACAUUGGCGAAAAGGCGGUGAAGGAAGGAGGCGCUGACAUUGGCAAGGUCGUUUGUGUCAACUUGUUGGAUGUGACUGGAUUCGAGGGACGGUUGACCAAAGUGUAUGAGGAAACCGUUAGGCGGUUUGCCGAUGAAAAGGUUUCGUAUGAAGAGUUCCCGAUCAACAAGUGGUGCAAGAACAGAAAUUUCCGAAAUAUGGAGAUUUUGAUGGAUCGUGUUCGGGACAGACUUGUCAACAGCGGGUGGUUUAUUGCGGAAGGCGAGGUGGGCGACCUGCACGUCACCAAACUUCAAACCGGUCUGGCGCGUGUGUCGUGCCUGGACAGUUUGGACCGUACCAACCUCACCUGCAGUAUCUUUGCUCGCUACAUGCUUCCAUACCAAGUCCAGUCCAUCACCGCAGAACUACCUGCUGUCGAGUCUGGUAUCAAUGGCGUGAUUGCCAGUGAUAUGCGCGACCCUGUCGCCUUGAUGCGCAAGUCCUUGGAACCGUUUGCAAAGCCUUUUACAAACCUCUGGGCCGAUUCGGGUGAUGCCAUUUCCCUUCUUUAUGCCGGUACCGGUGCAUUGAAGGCUGAUGUGACGCGAACGGGAAAGAAGACGUUGACAGGUAGCUUGACGGAUGGUAUCAACUCAUUGACACGAUACUACCUGAAUAAUUUUGUUGACGGGCGACGACAAGACGCUUAUGAUCUGUGGACUGGUAAAGCUGUUCCUGAGCAAAUCAAUAAACUCGUCGAAACAGAAGGUGUCAAACGCGCUCAGCGCGUUUCCAAGCCAUACAUUGCAAAGGGCCAAGGUGUCCUGGGUCGCAUCAUUCCAGGUUUUGUAAUCGACCAAGUCGAACCGCUACUCCAGACUGCCACCGAGUACGCCCGUGCAACAGUCAAAGGAUCCGACACGGACGUGCAUGCCCGUUGGAGGUCGGCCCACAUUGAUGCUCAAGGGAACCCGCGAAGCUUCUUUGGGCUUAUCCUCUCCACCGUGAAAUUAUAUGCACCUGGACAAAUCUCUGGUGUGCUAGAGUUUCUGGUGGCGCUGGUGGUCUUCUUUUAUUUGAUUGUUCUUGCGAGAGUUUUCCAUAUUCAAGGACAAUUGGUUGUCAAUCGACCCAAGUUGAGCGUAGAGUACAGGAAUAUUUAUGAAUUGUUGGAUUGA